AUGGGGAACUGGACUCAAACCCUCCAGACAGAUUUCAUCUUGGUGGGACUCCUCAACAACAAUGGCAGACUCCCUACUAUUCUCUCCACCUUGAUUAGCAUCACCUUCGUCGUGGCCCUGACUGGAAAUUCCGCCAUGAUGGUCCUCAUCCACAUCGACCCCCAGCUCCACACCCCAAUGUAUUUCCUGCUCAGUCACCUCUCCUUCAUAGACACCAUGUACAUCUGCACAACUGUGCCCAAGAUGAUGGUGGAUCAAUUCACUGGGAAGAAGACCAUUUCCUUCUCGGGGUGUACGUUUCAGAUCUUCCUAUACCUGACCCUGAUGGGAGCCGAAUGCUUCCUCCUGAGCCUCAUGGCUUACGACCGAUACGUGGCUAUCGGCCACCCUCUACGCUACUCGGUCCUCAUGAACCAGAGGAGGUGCGUCCAGAUGGCGGUGAGCUCCUGGCUCUUGGGAGCCACAGAUGGCUUCCUGGUCACCCCCAUAGCCAUGAGUUUCCCGUACUGUGGGUCAAGAGUCAUCAACAGCUUCUUCUGCGAAGUCCCUGCCCUUCUGAAGCUCUCUUGCGUCAAUACUUCGGUGUACGAGUUGGUCAUGUAUGUCUGCUGCGUCUUGAUGCUCUUGGUGCCCUUCGCCCUCAUUGCCUUCUCGUACGGCCGGAUCGCAGCCGUCGUGCUGGGUACGCGCUCGGCUCAUGCCCGGAAGAAGGGCUUGGCCACCUGCUCUUCCCACCUGAUCGUGGUCAGCCUCUUCUAUGGAGCAGCCAUCUUCACCUACAUGCUCCCUAAUUCCUACCACACACCCGGGCAGGAUAGGGUGGUGUCCGUCUUCUACACCAUCCUCACGCCUGCGCUAAACCCUGUGAUCUAUGGUCUCCGCAAUAAACAAGUGGCAGGGGCCCUUUUGAAGGUGAUGGGGAGAAUUACUUCUGUACAGAGCAUGUGA